UUGACAAGAGACGAAGUUGGGUUGGGAUUCACAGUAGCAGGAGGGCGGGGUUCAACUCCAUACAAAGCCAAUGACCAGUCAAUCUACAUCUCUCGCAUCAGCAAGGGCGGGGCAGCUGAACAGGAAGGCUCCUUGAGGGUUGGGGACAAAUUAGUGUCGGUGAACGGUAUAGAUGUGACCACCGUCCAACAUGAUGAGGCAGUGACCUUGUUGACCCGAACGACAGGGCCGAUCCUCUUGAUUGUGACCAGGUCGAUUGACCAAGAAGGAAUGACUCCUGCCAAUUUUGGUCAGUUUACUGUUUUUGUUUAA